AUGAGCAACGACAAACGUGCUGAGGCGGACACUAUAGAGGCCGAAGCCACUGACAAUGGCCUCGACCACCUCAAGGAUGUCGACCUUCAUGACAAAGCUCUGGCCAACCAAGCCCUCGAGGGCGCUACACAGGAACACAACGUGGGAGUAUGGAAAGCCUUCAAGCUGCACAAAAGGGCUGCAAUCUGGUCGAUUCUGAUAUCGACCACAGUCAUCAUGGAAGGCUACGACGUGACCCUCAUCGGCUCGUUCUUCGGGUAUCCUUCAUUUAGAGAGAAAUACGGCGAGUAUCUCAACGAGGAAUCCGGCUAUCAGAUCUCUGCUCGUUGGCAGCAGAAGUUCAACGCCAUCGGCGCCACAGCGAAUAUCGUCGGCGCUCUGCUCAAUGGCUGGGCGACUGCCAGAUGGGGCCACCGUAAGGUUCUCAUCGCGUCGCUCUUCUGGCUUACCGCUUUCAUCUUCGUGACCUUUUUCGCGCCGACAAUCGAGGUCAUGCUUGUCGGCUCGAUCCUGUGCAAUGUUCCAUGGGGCGUCUUCGCCACAACUGGUCCCGCAUAUGCUUCCGAAGUCACCCCACUGGCGAUUCGUGGCUACCUGACAGCAUACGUCAACCUAUGUUGGUGUAUCGGUCAGUUCAUCUCGGCCGGAGUCCUCAAAGGACUCGUCAAUAAUCCGACAGCCUGGUCAUAUCGUGUGCCUUUCGCCAUCCAAUGGGUCUGGCCCAUCCCCCUCGCCAUCGCCGCCUUCCUCGCCCCAGAAUCGCCAUGGUACCUGGUCCGUCAAGACCGUCUUGACGCAGCAAAGCGCUCCCUGGAACGACUUUCCCAGCCUGAGCACCAUCACGAGAUCGACUCCACCGUGGCCAUGAUGGUGCACACCAACAAGUACGAGAUCGCCGAGCGCGAAGGCGUGACCUACUGGGACGCGUUCCGCGGCACAAAUCGUCGACGAACCGAGAUCGCAUGCGUGGGAUUCUUGAGCCAGAUCACCAAUGGUGGCGCGCUGUGCUAUUCGGGCGCUUUCUUCUUUCAACAGACUGGGAUCUCAGCCAGCGCGGCGUAUGGCAUCGCUCUCGGCGGCACGGGUAUUGCUUUCGUUGGGACGAUCAUCUCAUGGUUCUACAUCUAUCGCUGGGGGCGGAGGACUAUCUGGCUUGUGGGCUUCAGCGCUCUUGUCGUCAUUCUAUGGACUAUUGGCUUUCUGGCUAUCCCGAGUCCACAAACGAAAGCGUUGGCUUGGGGCCAGAGUCUGCUUUGUAUCGUCUGGCUUGGUGCUUACUCAAUGACCGUGGGACCGAUCAUCUAUGUGAUCGUGUCUGAAGUUGGCUCCACGAGGCUGCGCACGCAAACUGUUUUGCUCUCGCCGGGUUCAUGGAAUGCGAAGGGGAAGACUGCGUUCUUUUGGUCGGUUCUGGCGACGUUCACAUUAAUUUGGGGAUAUUUCCGACUCUUCGAGACUAAAGAUCGGACGUUUGGUGAGCUGGACUUCAUGUUCACGAACGGUGUCACGGCUCGUCAAUCUGCCAAGUAUCGUAUCAAUGAGGAGGUCAUGUACUCCGCUGAGGAGACUGUGAAGAGUUGA